AUGGAUACGCCCUUAGAUUUACUGAAGCUGAACCUAGAUGAAAAAGUGUUUGUGAAACUGCGUGGUGCGCGCGAGAUGACAGGCGUUCUGCAGGCGUUUGACUCGCACUGCAACAUCGUUCUCUCUAACGCAACCGAAACGAUAUAUGAGCUGGUCGAUGGAGAGCUUAAGUCGAGCACUAAAGGCUCGGAGAUGGUUUUUGUCAGAGGCGACUCUGUUACGCUGAUCACAACGCCUUCUGAUUGA